AUCAGAUAUAGGGAAACAGAGCUGGAAAACCGCUAAAGAGAGCUUGUCUAAGUCUAACCAUUGACGAGGAGUGGAUAAGUUCAUUGCUUUAGUUGUCCAAAGCCUCUGCACUUAAUCCAGGUAAAUUAUUCUUUCACUGAAUUGCCGUUUCAAUUACCAAAUUCAUCUCCUAUUUAUAAAGUGAGCAGUAGUUCUUGCAAUUCUAUCUAAAAAUGUGCACAAUGUACUCUAACCUGACAAAAAGCCAAGCAUUUCCCAUUGUCAUUAGGUUUUCUUCACAAACCAAAUGUAUCAAACAAUUUCAUAGCUCUUUACCGAUUGGGUCUCGCCCAAAAACCUCACUAAACCCUUCAUUAAUGUAUGGUGCCCAUAAAGUUCUUCAUUUUCACUCUAAGUAUUUAGAAAUUGGCUGUAUUGAAAAACCCAGAAGUAUUUUAGGUGGGUUUAGGAUGAGGAGUGCUGUACAGUGUUGUUCUUCUGUAUGGGCUAGAAGUCUAUCCAGUUUACAUUCGAAAAGAGUUCGUGAGGAGGGUGACUUAAGUAGAGCAGGAAAAUCAUUUCGUUGGUUAGCCUCAGAGAAAGUUAAUGAAGCAAAAGGGUCACAUAAAGUGGAGAUUGGGAAGACUAAUAAUCGUUCUUCUUGGGAGGAAUCGUUGGAUAGAUUGGCAAAAGAGAAUAAUCAUUCAUCUUUGGAGGAAAUACCAAAGAGGUUGGAGAAGGUGACAGUAGGAAAAACUGGGCAGUCCUCGUGGGAGGAGUCAGGUGAAUCUUUCUUUGGAAAAAAAGCUGCUCACACACUGGAUAUUAAAGAAAGUAGAAAGGUAAGUAUGGUGAGGGAUCAUUGUAAUAGUAGUCGUGUGGGAGGGGAUGAAAGCAAUGAAGAAAAAGGAGUAAGAGAAGAGGAUGAGGUUGUUGAUGAUCCAAGAUGGGAUAAGAUUAAGAGUAGGUUUAGAGGAAUGGUGGACAUAAAGCCUGGGUCUGAGAAACCAGAGUUUCGAAGAUGGAAUAAGCAGGAAAGUUGGGGUAGAAAAACAUGGAAAGAGGCUACUGAAUCGACUGUACCUAAGAUGGUUGGUGAAGGGGUUUAUGGGGUGGGUCCUGUUUUGGCUGCAUUGUCAGCUGGAAGAAGGGAAUUUUAUGCUUUGUAUGUCCAAGAAGGAUUAGAUUUGGGUAGUAAUAAUAGGAAAAAGAAGGAUAAAAAAGGGUUUGAAAAAGUAUUUAGGAUGGCUGAAAAAUUCGGGUUAAGUGUAAAGGAAGUGUCGAAGCAUGAUCUCAAUAUGGUUGUUGAUAAUCGCCCCCAUCAGGGUUUAGUGCUAGAUGCUUCGCCUCUAGAGAUGGUGAAAAUAAAGGAAUUGGAGCCUGUCUCAAUUGACGAAGAGAAAGGUUCUCUUUGGAUAGCUUUAGAUGAGGUUACUGAUCCUCAGAAUUUGGGGGCAAUAAUUAGGUCAGGUUACUUCUUUGGUGCCUCAGGGGUGGUUCUAUGUGCAAAAAACUCAGCCCCAUUAAGUGGUGUUGUGAGCAAGGCAAGUGCUGGCUCACUUGAAUUAAUGGAGCUUAGAUAUUGCAAGAAUAUGAUGCAGUUCUUGGUUUCCUCAGCUGAAAAUGGUUGGCGGGUUCUUGGGGGUUCUGUUUCUUCUAAAGCUGUUCCCCUGAAUGAGGUUUUGCCAGGUGUACCAACUCUACUUGUUUUAGGCAGUGAAGGCACUGGCUUGAGGCCUUUAGUUGAGAGAUCGUGCACCCAGUUAGUUAGGAUCCCUGGAAACAUUCCUGUGGAUAUAGCAGCCAGAGAGGUUGACGAUAUGGAAGCUACAGAAGUAGAUUCUGGGUGUUCAGGCGAGGAGUUCCGGUCCUUUUUGGCUGUGGAGAGCUUGAAUGUCAGUGUUGCAGCUGGUGUGCUUCUUCACCACUUAAUUGGAAGCAGCCAUGAUAUUAAUUCUCUUUUAGAUGACAAGUCAACCGAUAUGCAUCAAUGAUCUUCCAUGGCUGCUGCAUUCAGCUAGGUGUCUAUGUUGUGAUCUUUUAAUUCCUAUUGCCAAAAUUUUAUCACCAUUUGUAGGCUUUCUCUAGAAAGGGAAGUAGUUUGACACAUCUGCCUUUUCUUCUUUUUGGAGGAAAGAUAUGCGAUAAGAGACUUAAUAUUAGUUAUAUGCAGAAAGAUGCACAUAAUUUAAAAUUUAUGGAUUUGGAAUCAAAUUUUAACAAUUUAUUAGACUGUUCAAGCUUUUUGAUGGUCAUUCUUUCA